GGAAAUUGAAAAUCACAUCACCACUUACUACUCAUCAUUGUUCUCUUCAGAAGGUUCUUGGGGGGGGAGAGUCCAUGUUGCACCUUAUUCCACAAACAAUCACUGCAAAGAUGAACCAGGAUCUUCUUAAACUGGUUGAAGAUGAUGAGAUUAAGGAAGCUUUGUUCAGUCUACACUUUGACAAAUCCCCAGGGGAGGAUGGCAUGACAACCUACUUCUACCAACACUUUUGGAAUCUAAUUCAAGGGGAUCUCAUUGAAGCUGUUCAAAGUUUCUUCAAUUCUGGUAUGCUUUUACAAUACUGGAACCAUAUUAUAAUCUCUCUAGUGCCUAAAUGCAAUGCUCCUUCAUCUCUGAAUCAGUACAGACCUAUUUCACUAUGUACUGUGGUUUAUAAAGUGCUAUCCAAACUGUUGGCCUCAAGACUUAAAUGUUGUUUGUCUGCUUGUAUUAGUCCAAGCAAAUCUGCCUUUAUUCAGCACAAACAACUUCUAGACAGUGUGAUAUUGGCACAAGAAGUUUUUCAUUUCCUCAACAGACAUAGAUCUGGUAAGAACUUCUUCAUGGCUUUAAAGCUGGACCUUAUGAAGGCCUUUGAUAGGGUUGAGGCACACAGACCGACAGGAAGACCCGAUAGAGACAGCAGCAGGUUCCACCGUGCCCCACAUGCGGACGACUUUACCGAGGUGAGCGUCGCUUCGGCCAGGAUAUAUGCUAUUACUGUCACGAGCCUGGACACUUUUCUAACCGUUGUCCAAAGAAGGCACAGCAGCCCCAGCAGCCUCAGCAGCCACAGCAGCAGCAGCAGCAGCCCCGUCAGCAGGCUCAGAGGCCACCCCAGCAGCAGCAGCAGACAGCAGGACCGAGUUUACGCAGUCGAUCAGGUCGAGACCGAGCAGCAGCCAGGUACUAUGUCAGGGAUGAUCAUGCUUAAUAAUGUUCCUGUGUUCGCUUUAUUCAAUACUGGAGCGACACACUCCUUUAUUUCACGACGAUGCCUUGAUGCCAUCGGAGUUCAUGCCAUUACCACUGUCGAUCCUCUCGCGUUGAGUUUAGCCUCGGGACGAAAGAUAGUGACCUCAGCUAAAGCUUCAGAUCUCAGCCUUUCUAUCGGUGGUCGUUCAUUGUCUACCGACGCGUAUGUUCUUGAGAUGAGGGACUUUGACCUCAUUCUCGGGAUGGAUUGGCUAUCCUUUUAUCAUGCAGAUAUCCGAUGUCAUGACCGGGAGAUUACUCUCUAUCUUCCAGGAGACGAUUUAAUUACCUUCUUUGGCACCAGGAAUCGUUCAUUGCCUCAUGUU